GAGCUCAGUGAGAGGAGCUGUCGCAGCUCCGAGGAAAGGACCAUCCCGGAGGACCCCACUGCGCAGCCCAGACUGCCCUCCCUCUGCACCUUCUCCCCGGGGCCCAGCCCAGCUGGCAGGGAGGGAAGCCGCUGGCUUAGACUCCCUCAAGCGUGUCUCGUACCCCUUCUUCUAGCAGCGGCUACCUGCUGCCCAACCCCAUCGUCACCGCAGUCACCGGCAGCUGCCCCAGCUCCUCCUGCCUCUGCCAUGUGCCCUGGGAACUGGCUCUGGGCCUCCAUGACAUUCAUGGCCCGCUUCUCCCGGAGCAGCUCAAGGUCCCCUGUUCGCAGCAGAGGGAGCCUGGCGGAGAUGCCACCCAUGCAGCAUCCCUUCCUCAACGUCUUCGAGCUGGAGAGGCUCCUGUACACAGGCAAGACAGCCUGCAACCAUGCUGAUGAGGUCUGGCCAGGCCUCUAUCUUGGAGACCAGGACAUGGCCAACAACCGCCGUGAGCUGCGCCGCCUGGGCAUCACCCACGUCCUCAACGCUUCCCACAGCAGAUGGCGGGGCAUCCCCGAGGCCUACGGGGGGCUGGGCAUCCGCUACCUGGGCGUGGAGGCCCACGACUCACCAGCCUUUGACAUGAGUAUCCACUUCCAGACCGCUGCAGACUUCAUCCACCGGGCGCUGAGCCAGCCGGGAGGGAGGAUCCUGGUGCACUGUGCCGUGGGAGUGAGCCGGUCCGCCACCCUGGUGCUGGCCUACCUCAUGCUGUAUCACCGCCUCACCCUUGUGGAGGCCAUCAAGAAAGUCAAGGACCACCGAGGCAUCAUCCCCAACCGGGGUUUCUUGAGGCAGCUCCUGGCCCUGGACCGCAGGCUGCGGCAGGGGUUGGAGGCAUGAGUGGAGGGAAUGAGGUCAGGUCAGGCCAGGCCUGGCGUGGGUCCCUGGCUCCAUCUAGAGACAAGAGGGCAGCAGAAAGCUCAAAUAGCCCAUCCUCUGCUGGGGCCAAACCCCAGGUCACCGGUAGAAGCCAAAGCUGGGCAGUGUGGUGGCCAGGUGCCCGGGGGGUGCCGACCAGGAAGGGGCAGCUAGGCUGUAGGUAGAGGGGGUCCUGGGGUUGAGACACCGCUGGAUGCCAGCCGAGGGGUUCCCAGUGACACGCAGCCCCGUCCCCUCCUUGUGUCCAAGUGUUCUCCUCCCCCCCUUGCUCCUGUGCCCAGCAGGGAACCACAGGUGCUGUAGCACAAACGGGAUGGUAUGGGGAGGUGCGCAGACCAUGGCGUGGAGAAGGCAGCUGAGAGCGUGUGAGAGCUGUGAAACUGAGGGAAAUUCCGCAGCCUUGUUACCACGAGCGCAGGAAAAGCAGGUGUAAGGGCCGGCGUGGCGCCCAUGGCGCUGCUGGUGGCCAGAAGAAUAACACAGGUGCGCAACUGGCCGUCGGUAGGUGGGACUGGAUCCAGGUGCCUGGAUGAAAAAUAAAGAUGCUGGAAAAGGGGAGAGUUUUGUGGCAAUGCCAGAGGAAAAGAGGUCCAUACCUCUCCCCUGGGAAGCCCAGCCUUGCUUGCCGUGGCAGUGGUUCCGGACCUCCUCCUAUCAGCGGUAAAUAAACCUCUACCACCUGGCAAACCUCCACCGCCAGUUCCUAGGGAGCCUUGGGGAAUCUUGAGCUGCUAUUUCCAACAAA